UCGGUAAGAUAGCAGAGCAGCAAGUGCUCCAAGUGGAGACGGCGGGCGAUAUAGUUUCGAAUCGGAUAGCAGCCAAGCGACUUGGGAGGCAAGGAACACCAAGAGACCAAGAAGAGGGGAAACAAGGACGAGAUCACGGUCUUUAUGUACCUAGUCCGUAGUCGUAUCAAUCGAACCAGGGUGAGAUCCAAUCCAAUGCAAGAGAGAGCAGCAAAGCAAACAACUUUGGAGGAGAGAAAAGUGAGAAAAAAGAAUGCGGGAGAGAGUUGAGACUAAGAGACAAGAAAAGGCCGAUCGCACGGGAGUAAAAUCAGGCCUGGUGGAGCCGGAGGCCGCGAGGAAAGAGAUUUUUGGUUCCAGACCGUCCUGUUCGUUUCGCAGUGGAUCUCCAUCUAGAAUGUGGAAUGGAUAUUUCUCCGAUCUCUCACCUGUACAUAUAUACGGAGUACGGAGAUAUCUACAUACAUAUGUCGAUACCCACCUCUGGACAUCUCCAUCUCCAUCACUUGGUCAACACUCAGUCCGAUCUGUCAUAUCCGCCAUCCAAGUGGCAAUCGGAAUGGGAGACCGUACGAACCGAUACACACCAAAUACAGAUUCAAUACAUGGCCACCGCCAAGUCCCCCAUCUGUCCCACCGUCAUUCCACGUUCCAUGGUUCUUCCCUCGCUCUACAUGAAACUGAUGGACUUCCAUCGACAAUCCUUUUAUUCUACAAUAUAUAAAUAGAUUGAUUCAUCAAGAUCUCCUCCUGGAUCGUGAACCCUGUCCCGAUCACCUAGGAACCAUCCAUCCGGAGUAUAUCUUCAGGACGAUGGAAUGAAUCCAGUGCGUGGCUUUAAUGCUGCUUG